AGCAGCACCAACACAAUGCUUAACCGCUGUCUGUUCCUUGUGCAGUUUCGCGCUGGCCUGGCAGCUCCCUUGGUAGCCACAUCUUCGACGGUUUUUGAUGGUUCACCGGUUGCUGAUCGACACGUGCAAGUUUCGGCUUGCGUGCGCACCGACUGUUCUGUCCUUCUCUCGGAGCAAAGCCAUGGUUCGUUCGAAAGCAUGCCGGCAACAUUCUUCGGUGACAUCAUCCAUGACUGCGUACUUCUGGAAACGCACAGCGAUGUGACGUCGGUGGACAAGGAUAUAAAAGCGGCGCCGCAAGUGCAUCGCUUCAUUCGGGAAGAUGACAGCAGCACCAGCACAGUGCUUAAUCGCUGUCUGUUCCUUGUGCAGUUUUGCGCUGGCCUGGCAGCUCCCUUGGUAGCCACAUCUUCGACGGUUUUUGAUGGUUCACCGGUUGCUGAUCGACACGUGCAAGUUUCGGCUUGCGUGCGCACCGACUGUUCUGUCCUUCUCUCGGAGCAAAGCCAUGGUUCGUUCGAAAGCAUGCCGGCAACAUUCUUCGGUGACAUCAUCCUUGACUGCGUACUUCUGAAAACGCACAGCGAUGUGACGUCAGUGGACAAGGAUAUAAAAGCGGCGCCGCAAGUGCAUCGCUUCAUUCGGGAAGAUGACAGCAGCACCAGCACAGUGCUUAAUCGCUGUCUGUUCCUUGUGCAGUUUUGCGCUGGCCUGGCAGCUCCCUUGGUAGCCACAUCUUCGACGGUUUUUGAUGGUUCACCGGUUGCUGAUCGACACGUGCAAGUUUCGGCUUGCGUGCGCACCGACUGUUCUGUCCUUCUCUCGGAGCAAAGCCAUGGUUCGUUCGAAAGCAUGCCGGCAACAUUCUUCGGUGACAUCAUCCAUGACUGCGUACUUCUGAAAACGCACAGCGAUGUGACGUCAGUGGACAAGGAUAUAAAAGCGGCGCCGCAAGUGCAUCGCUUCAUUCGGGAAGGUGACAGCAGCACCAGCACAGUGCUUAAUCGCUGUCUGUUCCUUGUGCAGUUUUGCGCUGGCCUGGCAGCUCCCUUGGUAGCCACAUCUUCGACGGUUUUUGAUGGUUCACCGGUUGCUGAUCGACACGUGCAAGUUUCGGCUUGCGUGCGCACCGACUGUUCUGUCCUUCUCUCGGAGCAAAGCCAUGGUUCGUUCGAAAGCAUGCCGGCAACAUUCUUCGGUGACAUCAUCCAUGACUGCGUACUUCUGAAAACGCACAGCGAUGUGACGUCAGUGGACAAGGAUAUAAAAGCGGCGCCGCAAGUGCAUCGCUUCAUUCGGGAAGGUGACAGCAGCACCAGCACAGUGCUUAAUCGCUGUCUGUUCCUUGUGCAGUUUUGCGCUGGCCUGGCAGCUCCCUUGGUAGCCACAUCUUCGACGGUUUUUGAUGGUUCACCGGUUGCUGAUCGACACGUGCAAGUUUCGGCUUGCGUGCGCACCGACUGUUCUGUCCUCCUCUCGGAGCAAAGCCAUGGUUCGUUCGAAAGCAUGCCGGCAACAUUCUUCGGUGACAUCAUCCAUGACUGCGUACUUCUGAAAACGCACAGCGAUGUGACGUCAGUGGACAAGGAUAUAAAAGCGGCGCCGCAAGUGCAUCGCUUCAUUCGGGAAGGUGACAGCAGCACCAGCACAGUGCUUAAUCGCUGUCUGUUCCUUGUGCAGUUUUGCGCUGGCCUGGCAGCUCCCUUGGUAGCCACAUCUUCGACGGUUUUUGAUGGUUCACCGGUUGCUGAUCGACACGUGCAAGUUUCGGCUUGCGUGCGCACCGACUGUUCUGUCCUCCUCUCGGAGCAAAGCCAUGGUUCGUUCGAAAGCAUGCCGGCAACAUUCUUCGGUGACAUCAUCCAUGACUGCGUACUUCUGAAAACGCACAGCGAUGUGACGUCAGUGGACAAGGAUAUAAAAGCGGCGCCGCAAGUGCAUCGCUUCAUUCGGGAAGGUGACAGCAGCACCAGCACAAUGCUUAAUCGCUGUCUGUUCUUUGUGCAGGUACAGGAGAAAAUAGGGCAGGGCCUACCUGAGCUCAUGCGCCGCAGCCACUUGGCGAGCCGUCUGCAGGUGACGCCUGUCGAAAUCCUCCAACGUCGGGAGCCGAGAAGUCGCUCAGUCGAUCCACCGGGUCUUUGA